GGGAUGUGAAGAUAGCCUCCUUCACUCAACAUUACAACAUUCUGCAUUAAUCUUCAGCUAGUGUCCGGUGAGCAGAAAAGUCAACGACCAUGGCUCCUCGGGCUGAAUUGGAGGGCUCACAGGGUAGCUCUGGGACUGGCGAACUCGGGGCUAAUGCCAAGCCAGCAAUGAGCGGACCCAGUGAGGAACCGGGUUUGCUUCCCGCUUAUUCGACCAUCGCUCUGGUGAAGCACGAGCCGGAGGAUCCCUGGGCAGUGCCCAAACUCGAGGCUGUUGGCAUCAAGUGGUCAGAUCUGAGUGCCGCACAGAAGGCUGUCCGUGUGCUGACGGCGGUGUUCAAACUGGUGUUACUUCUUGGCUUCCUCUACGUGUUUGUGUGCUCGCUGGACAUCUUGAGCUCGGCUUUCCAGCUGGUGGGAGGUAAAGCUGCCGGAGAUAUCUUCAAGGAUAACGUGAUCCUGGCAAACCCUGUGGCCGGCCUGGUGAUCGGGAUCUUGGUAACGGUUCUGGUGCAAAGUUCCAGCACCUCAUCCUCGAUCGUGGUCAGCAUGGUGUCCUCUGGCUUGUUGGGAGUGCGAUCCGCCAUCCCCGUGAUCAUGGGGACGAACAUCGGCACCUCGGUAACCAACACCAUCGUGGCUUUGAUGCAAUCCGGAGACCGGACAGAAUUCAGAAGGGCUUUUGCAGGUGCAACUGUGCAUGAUUUCUUUAAUUGGCUGUCAGUUCUUGUCCUGCUACCUAUUGAAGCAGCCUCCAGCUACCUAUACCAUCUCACUCAGGUCAUUGUUCAAUCAUUUGAUCUCAAGAGUGGUGAGGAUGCUCCAGAUAUGUUAAAAGUCAUUACUGAUGGCUUCACGAAACUUAUCAUACAGCUGGAUAAAUCUGUGAUAAAUGAAAUAGCAACAGGAAAUCCAGCAGCAGCAAACAAAAGCCUUAUUAAGGAAUGGUGUAAAACCACAACUCAAAUAGUGGAGAAAAAUGUAACUGUUCCCGGUGAAUACAACUGCACAUCACCUGAAUUUUGCUGGAGUGACGUCAACCAUACUUGGACUCUGAAAAAUGUAUCGGAAACAAUAAACCUUCAAAAAUGUCAUCAUCUGUUUGUAAAUACAGCAAUAUCUGAUUUAGGCGUUGGUCUAAUCCUCCUUGCAGCCUCUUUGAUUGUACUGUGUACCUGUUUGAUACUUAUUGUUAAACUUCUCAACUCCAUGUUAAAAGGACAAGUUGCUACAGUUAUCAAAAAAUUUAUCAAUACUGAUUUCAGAUUUCCAUUUGGUUGGUUAACUGGAUAUAUAGCUAUUGCAGUGGGUGCUGGAAUGACUUUCAUUGUUCAGAGCAGUUCCAUUUUUACUUCAGCUCUUACUCCAUUAGUUGGAAUUGGUGUAAUAAGCAUCGAGCGAGUUUAUCCCCUCACAUUGGGUUCUAAUAUUGGCACAACUACAACAGCUAUUAUAGCUGCUCUUGCUAGUCCAGGAGAAACCUUAGCUGACUCUCUGCAGAUUGCCUUGUGCCACUUCUUUUUCAAUGUUUCUGGAAUCAUAAUUUGGUACCCAAUACCAUUCAUGCGUCUUCCUAUUCGCCUAGCAAAAGCAUUGGGAAGUUACACUUCCAAGUACAGGUGGUUUGCAGUCGCCUACCUGAUCUUUUGCUUUUUACUGCUCCCUCUAUUUGUAUUUGGGCUGUCAAUUGCUGGUUGGCAGGUACUGGCCGGAGUAGGUAUUCCUAUCUUGACAAUGAUAAUCGUCAUAAUUGUUAUCAAUCUUAUGCAAACAAAGUGCCCGAGGUUCUUGCCAAAGGUACUACAAACUUGGGACUUCCUUCCGAUUUGGAUGCAUUCCCUGAAACCUUGGGACAGAAUAGUGCAGCGUGUUACAAUAUGUUGUUCCACUCGGUGCUUUGGAAAGUGUAAUUGUGGCAAGACUGGUGAUGAAUUUAGUGAUAGUGGAGAAAAACAAACCAAAGAACUUGAGGUCUAUGAAAAUCCAGUAAUUCUGGAGAAUGGAAAACAAGCUAUUAAGACAUUUCCAAUUGUAGAAAAUGAGACAAACAUUAAGUCACCAAAUAUAUAGAAACAACUAUGGCAGAAUAGCUAAAGUAUGGCUAUGCAUAGUAGUGCAGUAUUUUUUUUAAGGACUAGCUUCCAUCAGUUUCAAUCACUUCUGGUACCCUGAAUGGUUAGUUUGUUAAUAAAGUGUCUGCUUGAAGUAAUUCCUUCACCAGUUUAUACUGGGUUGCAUUAAUGAAAUUCAUAUUCAAUUGUUGCCCUCAAGUGUAAGCCUUUGAACUAGCUGAACAUGUGUAGCUUGGUAUAUGUCCUAUUUUAAAAUACAAAAUAGUUUCUAAAAAAAUUGUAGAAUAUGUACAUCUUUAUCUUGUGUUCUCUGAAAAGUGGUCUUACUCAUGUCGAAAGUCAACUUUUCUGAUGCUUUAUUUUAUUGUAUUUAUUGGAAACUCAUAAUUGCAUUUUGCCAAAUGAUAAUAACAGCAUGAAAGUGAAUAGUUCAUUGCAGGGAAUUGCAUUCUUUUAUGUGAGAAAAUAUCAUUAGACUUUAUGGAGUGUGUGCCUUCCAAAAAUAGAAAAAUGAAUUGUGUAAGGGGAGCAAUGGAGGCCAAAUAGGUGAAUAGAAAGGCUUCAAUACUUUAUGGACUAAUUGACAGAAAGGAUGUUGUAAACCGUAAACCAUUGUGGAUAGUUGUUUCGCAUGUAGAAGAAGAUUCAUGGUGCAAUGUGGCCAAACCAGUGUCCAUUUUAUACACAAUACUGGGUAAGAACACUAAGGCACCCAGUGACAAGUUCAGGAUUUUUUAUAUAAAUUACCCAAGGUCAAGUUCCAACAAUGCUGAGUAUGCAUCAGUUCUGUUGGAUGGUGCUAAAAUAAUAAUCCUGACUUGCAGACUUCACUGUGUUAUAUUCACUUCCAAGUGUUCCACAAGUAGAAUUAUUACAACGUGCCUUUCUGAAAUAAUUCCAUUACAGCUCCGGUCAAUGCUUAAGCCUUUGAGAAUUGCAAAUACUAAUGAUCAAUAAGGAAUUGAACAUGUACGUCUCAUUUAUUUAGUUAAUAUUUAUAGAAAUAUCAUGAUGUAAACUACAGUCUGAAGUUUUAUUAUAAGCUUACAUAAGACCUUGUAGUUUUUAUGCCAAAACAACGGAUUCUUGAACGCAGUUUCAAUUUUCUAGUCUGAACCUCAAUCUGACUCGAAACCCUCUUGUUAUCACUGCAUGAGUUACAACAGCUCUUAAACAAAUGAAUUGCAGAGAUAUGUAAUGACUUAGUAGGGCAGAAGUGUAACCAGUGGUGUGACUCCUGUCAAAAAGAGCACAGGCCAUGCAGAAUAGCUACACAAAGAUAAUCUGGCAAAGCUAUAGAAGUGAUUAAGAAGGGCAGAAAGUAUACAAGUAAGCACAAAGGGAGAAAAAUAUAAUUUUUAAAUUGUAAAUUUGUCAGUAAAUGUAAAAGACACAAUGUAAAAACCCACUCCAUGUAUAUUAAAUGUACAUUUUAUGUUUUUAUAGAGUAUAUAAUUUAUGUAUUGAAUGAAUACUUUCCUAAAUAUGUACUGUCAUGUCAUUUUGAUUA